AUGGCCGCAAUGCAGGGACAGCCUCUCUCACCUACCAGGAUCCCUCUUCUCUCUGAAAAGGCUGCUGGGACACCGGCCACACAGUCCACCAGCUCAGAUAGCCCUCCCCCAACCCCCAAGCCCCACCAUGCGGUCAAAGACAACAUGGAGGGUGCUCUGCCGUCGUUGCUCUGGGGAGCAUUUGCGCCUUGCGUCCCGGUCGCCGUCAUCUCCAGCGUGCUUCUCACGGCCAUCCUGUACAAUCGGAUUGACAGCAGUUACGUCUUUCUUCCCAAACAUCAAGGAACAACCAGCACGAGUGAAGGGCUACAGACUCUCCAGAAUAUCCAGCAGAUCGAGAACAGUGGCGGCGAUCGAGCUUACUACCUCCACUACAACACCAUCACCAAUCCCGCAGUAUUGCACAUGAUCUCUUCAUGGACGGCCAAGAUCAUCCCCUUCGUCACCGGGGCAUCCAUGGCUCUCGUUGCUUUCUUCGCAGGCCAACGCAUCAUGAAGGCCACCGCCAGCAAAUCCGAGAAGUUGCCGAGUCCUCACCAGGUAUCCAUCCUUAUCGGACUGCUCAACGGAGGCGGGACGCAACCCCUACUCGACACCGUCAAGUAUCGUUGGCAAAACCACGAGAGCCUCGUUCAACCGGUUCCUCUCGCCUUUUGGUGCUUGUCAUUCAUUGUGUUCAUGACCUUCGCGAUCGGCGCCGUCGACAGCUGGUUUGGUACCGUCACCACGGCCUUGAAUAUUGAGUUGGUCGUUCCAAAAAACCACACGGCCUUCUUCUCCUAUGGACGGGGUCUGAACUCCAGUCAAUGUGGGCCUGGGGACUGGCAGGUCCGGAGUUGUCCAGGCAAUGCUCAAGCGAGCUGCAGCUACCCGUGCAGCAUUACGAACUGGACUGCGGCGAACGGCGAGCGCCACGGUGUGCUCAACGCACAGCAAGCCGCGGAGGUUCUGAUGUCGAACUCGUAUAAUAACACCAUCUACAACGUGACGACCGGUGGCUCGAAUUACUACUUCCUUGGGGAUGUGCGGAGCAGCACGACGCUCGACUUUGCGGCGACAACGCUGGCGAUCAAGACGCAGUGCCACAUGGUGACCCAGGAUUGCAAUGUCACCAACAACGGCGAUCUCAGCUCCGGCUUCACGUGUGGGGCCUACAGCGCGCCAUCCUUCUCGUACUCGGGAGAGGUGGGCGUGGACCCGAAGAACGCGAUGUCGUCGCCAGAUGAGGCCAUGGUCGGCAUUCAAUUCUUCAAUGACACGGCAAAGACUCAGCCCGUCGGAUUCGGCAGCAGCACCACCGACCUCUUCAGCACGCAGAACCCCCUUCAGUUUCUGGUGUGGUCCAAAGGCUUCCCGCCGGUGGACACGGGUGAAGACCAAUUCAAACACAUGCGGGAUGCCUACUUCCUCAAGUACGACGCCACGGGCGAUACUGUGUUUAUCCUGAAUUGUUCGGCUGUCAUUGCGCAGGUCAAAUACCACUGGAUCAACGCAUCGGUGAGCCUUGUCGAGCUCGAGGCCGACGAGGACGUGGCCGACUACUACGGUGCCGUCUUCAGCGCCCCGUUCGCCAUCAACAGCGCACUCUCCCACCUGUCCCUGCAAGACGCCGCCGCGCUGGCCGCAUAUCAGAAGACACCGGAGGGCCUGUCUAAGGUCUUCGGUGACCGGUUCUCGCAGGCCGCCGUGGCCCUCAGCUCCGGCAUCGCCAUCAAGGUCCAGAACGAGCAGGAAUGGACGCGGAACAACAACUAUCUCGCGGUGCGGGUUCCCUACGUGCCUCUCUAUCUCCUCGUCGCGCUAAAAGCCAUCUACGCCCUGUUCGCGCUGAGUCUGGCCGUGCUGGCGGUGUUCCUGACGCAGCCGUCGCAGGCGCAGGAGGUCAAGGAGCGGCUGACGGUCGACGGUCUCGCCGCGGGCUUCUUCGAGCCCCACGCCAACCACGAGAAGGCGGUCAAGAAGGUGUGCGACCUGUUUGCGGAGCACCAGAGUCCCGAGAAGAGCGACGACACCCAGAAGAUCGGCCUGUUGCAGACCGACAAGGGCGGCUGGCUCUGGGUCAGCGUGGUGAAGAAGGCCGCCGAGGGCCUGGGGAUUCAGCAAGCAGCCGACUACGCGAUAGGCCAGGUGGCCGACGCGGCCGCGACGCAGAUGGGCGCGGUGGGCACCUUGGGGCAAGGGUACAAAUUGGUCAAGGAGAUCAUUUAG